CACAUCACCCCCCCCAAGUACCGCUGUCCGCGAUGCUCAACCCGCACUUGCUCCCUUCCUUGCACGCGCCGCCAUAAACUCUGGUCCCAGUGCUCUGGAAUCCGCGACCCAGCAGCCUAUCUCCGGCGCAGCGAGCUAGCAACCGAAGCUGCCUUCGACCGCGACUUCAACUUCAUCACGGGCAUUGAGCGUCGCUUGGAGCGCGCAGAACGGGACGCGGAGAACCGCGGUGUGGAUGUCUCUGCGGGCGCGGGGUAUGGGGACCUCUCUGUUGUUGGGUUGGAGCAUGAGCAGGACCAACUCGGGGGUGGUGGAGAUGCCUUGAAGGGAAAGAGGAAACGGGGGGCAUUGGAUAUGGUCAAGGGAGAAGUGGCGUUUUUGAAGAGGGCCGAGACUGCUGGGGUUAGGGUUAUCAAGGCCCCACGGGGGAUGAGUAGGAAUAAGGUGAACUCGUCGAAGUGGCAUGCAAGGAACAAAUGCUUGAACUGGACGGUUGAGUGGAUUGCAGAAGGUGGGGGAAAGAGAACGAGGAAUUACGCCGAGACCUGCACAAUCGCCGAGGCUUAUGAUCGCGCUUUUCCGCUACCCAAGCAGCCGGUAGAAAAGGACGAUUCCAUCCCACAAGUGCAGGCACCUGUGGCAGCACCUGCACAGGCUACGGCAGAGUCUCCAGAGAUAAAGGAGAGCGGACAACCAGGAAACCCGGAGACUACAGAUUCUCAAACUACGCCUAUGCCCACGGAUCACCAAGUUCCAGCCGACAACCCCCCCAGCGAGAAAGUGACACCGCAUCGGAAUGUGUACUUCUACCUGCAUCGCCCGCGCACCCCCACCAAAAAGCCGGUUCUGAUUCCAUUAGCUCCAGGGAUGACGAUCGCUACGGCCCUUCGAGACCGUGUUGUCUUAGAAUUCCCCACGAUCUACGUCCUACAGGAUUUACUUGCCACCGCGCAAAAAGAAUCUAGCUUCAUGCUGGAACAGGAAUAUUUACAUACCCACAACAAUCCAGAGUCGGAAAUGGAAGACGCAACUCGUCCAGAUGCGGGCAGUCGACCACUAUCCAGCACAGUGGAUAUUGGAGACGUGGACGAAGGUAAGGUCUUGGAAGUAUUGAAGAAGGAUCUC